AUGGCGUAUCUUCUCCUGUACAUCGAUGACAUGAUCCUCUCAGCAUCCUCAACGAGCCUUCUCCAACAAAUCAUCACCAAGCUUAAGUUCGAGUUCGCUGUCAAAGACAUGGGCGCACUCCAGUACUUCCUCAGCAUCGACGUCCAGCGCACCGACCACGGCUUCUUCCUCUCGCAGGCCAGCUACGUCGACGACCUCCUCAAGCGCGCCGGCAUGCUGAACUGCAAGCCCGUGGCCACCCCAUGUGACACGAAGCCAAAGCCCUCCUCCACUGCUGGCAAGCCCAUUGCAGACGCAAGCUUUUACCGCAUCAUGGCGGGUGCUGUGCAGUUCCUCACCGUGACGCGUCCAGACAUCGCCCAUGCUGUUCAACAAGUGUGCCUCCACAUGCACUCUCCUCCAGACGUCCACUCUACCAUGCUAAAGCGCAUCAUGAGGUACAUCAAGGGGACACCGUCACUUGGGAUUCAUCUACGUGCUGCCUCUUCACCAACACUGAUGGCGUACAACGACGCCAACUGGGCCGGCUGCCUGGACACCAGGCGCUCCACGUUCGGGUUCUGCGUGUUUCUCGGUGAUUCGUUGAUCUCUUGGUCAUCAAAGCGCCAGACCACCGUAUCCCGCUCGAGCGCGGAGGCGGAGUACCGAGGCGUUGCCAACGCCGUCGCCGAGUGUUCAUGGCUACGACAUCUCCUCGGCGAACUGCACUGCGACAUCUCCAAGGCAACGGUGGUCUUCUGCGACAAUGUCUCCAUGGUUUACAUGUCCCGCAACCCAAUACAUCACAAGCGCACCAAGCACAUCGAACUUGACAUCCACUUCGUCCGGGAGAAGGUCGCGAUCGGCGAAGUUCGAGUCCUGCAUGUUCCCAGCGCGCGUUAG